AUGCAAAAAACACAAAUUGAAGAACCAAUUGAUUUAAUUAAAUUAUCACUUGAUGAUAAUGUAUUUAUAAAAUUGAGAGGUGGAAGAAAAUUAAAAGGAAAAUUAAGAGCAUUUGAUCAACACCUUAAUAUUAUCUUAACUAAUGUUAGUGAAAUAUAUCAAGAAAAAACAAGAACUUUUCCAGUAUUAUAUAUUCGAGGUGAUUUAGUAAUCCUCAUUUCUCCACAAAAGGAAUAA